CUCUUUCCCAAAUUCCGAACCCUAUCUAAUUAGGGUCUACGUUUCACCGACCUCCCAAUUCCGUCGUAUCUAUUUUUCCUUUUAGAUACCGGAUUUCUCUAAUUUUCUCUAUUUGAGUUUGUUUUUUGCCCUUUUCCAAUUUCACCUUUCUCCAAUCGUAUCUUCGUUGUUCGGUUUUCCCCCAAAUUCUCUCCCAAUCGAAGAUGAUGCAACCAGGCGGUGUCGCUCCUCCUCCGAUGUCAAUGGAUCAACAACAGCACCACCAGCAGCCGCAGUAUGCCCCGCAGCAGCAGCAGCCGUGGAUGAUGAUGCCGCAUCAGCAACAGCAACAGCCUGCUGUUCAGCCGCCUCAGGUGCCGCAGAUGUGGGGCCAGCAGCAGCAGCCCAUGGCAGCUCCUCCGCAGCCUCAGCAGUACGGUGUCGCUCCACCCUCCGGUGGCGCCUCUGCCUCCGACGAGGUCCGGUCUUUGUGGAUUGGAGAUUUACAGUACUGGAUGGAUGAGAAUUAUCUUCACGCCUGUUUCUACCCAACAGGAGAGCUUGUUAAUGCCAAAGUUAUACGGAACAAGCUAAGUGGUCAGUCUGAGGGCUAUGGCUUCGUCGAGUUCAGAAGUCACGCUUCUGCUGAACAUGUUUUACAAUCAUACAAUGGCACCCCCAUGCCUAAUGCGGAACAAAACUACCGGUUGAAUUGGGCUACUCUUGGUGCUGGCGAGAAGCGCGCAGAUGAAUCAUCCGACUUCACUAUAUUUGUUGGGGACUUAGCUGCUGAUGUAACAGAUUACCUUCUGCAGGAGACUUUUAAAGCUAGGUACACAACAGUGAAGGGUGCAAAAGUUGUUACCGAUAGGACCACUGGACGAUCCAAGGGAUAUGGUUUCGUUAGGUUUGGUGAUGAAAGCGAACAGACACGUGCCAUGUCUGAGAUGAAUGGUGUUCUUUGUUCAACUAGGCCCAUGAGAAUUGGGCCUGCUGCUAACAAGAAGGCUUCAACUGUUCAGCAAUAUCAAAAAGCACCCAAUCAGAGCUCUCAGGGGAAUCAGGGCGAAAGUGAUCCAAAUAAUACAACAAUUUUUGUUGGUGGAUUAGAUGCCAGCGUGACAGAUGAACAUUUGAGGUCGGUCUUUGGCCAAUAUGGGGAACUAGUUCAUGUUAAAAUUCCUGCAGGGAAGCGAUGUGGGUUUGUUCAGUUCACCAACAGGUUGAAUGCUGAGCAAGCAUUGGCUGCUUUGAACGGCACCCCGUUGGGAGGUCAAAGUAUACGGCUUUCUUGGGGACGUAGCCCUUCCAACAAACAGUCGGAGCAGCCCCAGUGGAACGGAGCAGGUACUGGUGGAUACUAUGGUUAUUCACAAGGUUACGAGGCAUAUGGAUAUGCUCCCCCUGCCCAAGACCCGAAUAUGUACUACGGAGGCUACCAGUACUCAAAUUAUCAGCAGGCACAACAGGUAGUGUAG